AUGCUCGGUCCGGCAGAAGAGGAGAGGGAGGGUGAAAGGAGUGAAAGAGAGCGGAAAGUUCUGCGACUGUUGAGAGACUUGAGUGGUUUUCAUUCAGACGGACUGACAGCUUGGAGAGAAGCAAUGAGAGAACGUCCCUUUAGUGUCAACAAGUCUCCACCAGGGGGCGGCGAUCGGCAGUCUGAAGCAGGUAUGGAAAACUCUGAUAUAGAACCCUGUUUGGACUCCUUCAGCGACGUUCUUCUGAGCGUUGGAGAAGACGUAGAGAACAUUCUGGACAAACUGAGCGCCAUCAUCACCAAGCUGGACGCAGCAGUUCUUCACUUGUCUGUAGACGAGGCCUCGACUGUGGAUCCUGCACUUCGGGAACCCGGAGAAACCAGAGAACAACCUGAAGACAAUCAAGUGAACGGCCACGAGCGACUUGAGCAGGAAGUUGAGGACGGAGGUGAUCAGAGCCGUACGAGGUCGUUACAGGACACAGAACAAAUUCAAGAGUCCAGCUGGAGCCACAACGACGUGGAAAAGACUGAAGACGAAAUACAGGUCAGAGGUCAAGUGAGCGACUCUGAAGAUGUUGUGGCGGAAAAGGACCAAGAGAAGAAAACUGACGAGAUGAAGGGUGAAUGGAUCACAGUAGGGCUCUGUGGUCAGCUGGAGGGCCGUUCCGACGUACCGUGUUUCAUCAGAGCACCUGCGGGUGAUGCGACAUCUCUGAGGUGUGAGGCGGCCGACGACCUGAGCUGCCUGAUGGUGAGCGGCUCGGAGGAGCUGGUCAGCAGAGUGAUCCGGGUCAAAGCUCGAGACGGAGCCGCCUGUCGCUUCCCCGUCGCUGUGGCUGUGCCUUUCCACGCUCGGUACCGCGGCGGCUACAGGGACGUCGCUGUGAAGAUAGUGGAUGAGGAGAGGAGGGUGAGCUACAUCACUCCUGUAACCACAGAGGGCCUGUAUGGAGGCCAGAGGGGCUCGUUUGCAGAGGUGAAGGUGUACUCUUUGGGUCUAUUUGCAGUGGUUUCCUGUCUAAAAAGAGAAAAUUACACAGUUCUCCGGAGAGGUUUGUCACUAAAGCUCCCCAUGGACCCCCGAAUCUGUCUGAACUACCUCCCAGGAUCCUUCACUGCUCCUGUAAUGGCACAAACCAUGAUCCAGCCGCUAGACGCCGUCCUUCUGGCUUCCGUCAAGUCUAGAAAUGACGCCUACCGUGCGGUGGUGUCCACCAGCCCCGUUCUCUACCUCACCCAUCCGACCUCACAACCCCUAAGGAGACCUCUUACGGUCACGCUUCCAUGUCCACCCAACCCAGACAAAAAGAAGGACACAAGGGGGCAAACAGAAGAACACCAACCAGUCACUGCUUCUCCAGUCUGGGAUCAUCUAGCUACCCCUAGAAUGAGAAUCUUGGGAGCCUCCGUAAAAUCGAAGGAGAUGUCCAACGAGUCGCUGGUGGUUCUGGGCUCAAGGGACAAACAGUGGAACGUCCUGGAUGACGUCAUCGUCAGGAACCAGCAGAAUGGACUGGUGUCCUUUGACCUGACAGAGAACUUUGACAGGCUGCUCGUGGUUCGUCUCAUCUCCCCGCUGCAGCCUUGUCAUCUCGCCUCUCUGGCGGAGCAGCUGGAGGAGUCGGUGUGCUGCCACGCCGUCACCGUCGUCCUCCAGCGGCGAGAAGAUGAGCCUCACGCUGUUCUGGUGGCUGCCCUGCCCAGCAGAGACCUCGGCUGGGAGCUGAACAGACUGCGGGCUCGGGGCUGCCGAGGCUUCACGGAGACCUCGCCGGAGAUUUCUAUGUGUGAAGCCGAUCAGCUUCUCCUGCGUUUCAGUGGGAACAUCACCUCCACAGUUUCCGACAACAAAAACGAAGAGCGAAUCACCUUUCACAGUCAGAGGAAGAAUCAGCUCCUAGUGCGUCUCACUGAAGUGGACCCGUUUGGAAACUACAGCUCUCCUCACUACAAGGGGACGGCCAUAUUUUAUAAGGUCACCAAAGGUCAGCUGGAGUGGCGAGGGGAUGAAGCUGUGCUGAAGGAGACAAAGCUCCUGGGAGAGCCUGUUUGUAAGCUGUCUCUGACUCUACCCAAGAAAGUGCGAAACAAUCGUCCCAUUGCUCCCAGACUGAAGCCGUGUGAGGAGACCGAUUCCCUGCCUGACUCCCUUCUUCUCUGGCUGUCCGGGGAGCUUUCGGAGGAGGAGUUAUCCCUGCUGGCGCUCUCCCUGCGUCUCCGUCGCAGCACCGCCCAGCUGGUGAAGCUCCGGGCCGGGGACAGCCCGUCCUCCCGGGCCUUCCGGAUCCUGGCCACGUGGAGGAGAGGGCUGCCCGCCGUCCCACACCAACCCAAGACCUCCCAGCUCGCCCGCUGCCUGGCCAAGAGCGGCAGGCCGGAUCUGGCCAGAGAGCUGCUGCUGCGACAGGCUGCGGCCACCAGGCAGGGCUCAGUCUAG